GAUCGGCGAAACAGUAUUUCACCUGCAGAAAUGGAGUUCGUACCUGAAGAAGGCAAGCUUCCGAACAAAGAUUGCUCCACUCUGCUACUGCCUGCAUUGUCGAUUGGGAAUGUGGGGCAGUUGGCAGUUGAUUUGUUGGUUUCAUCGACUAGGGCAGAGAGGAUUGGGUACUUAGAUGAUCUGUUUGUGCUUCCUUGUGUUGGUAAUGAUGCUUAUGGGCCAAUUCCUUGCGGCGAUCUGGCUCUACCCCUUGAAGCUUAUGAGUCCUCUUCUAAUGCAUUGACUCUUGUCCAACAAAGGUCCCCAGUUAUGAAGGGUAUGCUGGUUGACUUUGCGAAGCACUUGGCAAAUUUUGCUUCUACCACAGGAAAAAAGCAUGUGGUUCUUCUUUCUAGCUUAGACUUUGGAAGGUGGCAGAAAAUUGAUAUGUCAAGUGGACCCCAGAUAUAUUACCUAUCCAGCGUCAAUCCUGAUGGAACAGAUCAUCACUGUGAACAAUUUGGGUGGAAAAGGCUGCAGGAGUAUGACCCUGCUCAGAGGUGUUGGAAAUAUCUUAGCAGCUUAGCUGAAGAAAAUAGUAUGCGAGACAACAAUCUACCCUUUGAUGAUGAGCUGGAAGAGGAAGAUUACUACCCCAGUUUGCCUUUUGCAGCAGUAUUUUCUUGUUUGAAGGCAAAGGGUUUGAAGGUUACAUGCUUGUUAUGUUACUGCUCGGAAGGAGAUAACAUACCUGAUGCUUUCAAUUUAGCAGAGGCAGCAUGCAAACUACUGGGGCUAAGCCCCCGAAACUUUCAUGGUGAUGAGAGUGGUAACUGGCUCAUCCCUUUCUCAUGGAAGACUGUAUAUGGGCCACCACCAGAUCUGUCCAUUUUUUAGGCUUGAUUGACACAUAACCAUCCAAGGUAAAAGUUCCAAACGCAUGCCAUCUAUAUUCUAAUUGUGGAGAUUUAAUCCAUUGUUUUGAGAACAACAUAGAAAGUUUUGGUGGGCAGGAACACUGGGGGCAUUUAUUAUUACUUUGUGGAAGCAGGAAAGUAAAGUACUUACGUGUUUUAGUAAAUGUAUAUUUGCCUCUCUGACUUAAGAACUUAAACUGUCUUAAAGAACUUUUAAUGAAUUCCAAUUUGCACC